AUGACAGCUGUGCACCGUCUCAAUCCAUCCAAAACUUCCGCUUUGCCUUCCAUCGCAGAAAUUAUAUCUGAUGCGUUUGUGCUACCACUCUUCUCUCCUUGCAAUAGCAUGCCACCCCAGCCUACAUCUGACGGCGGCCACCCCGAUCAGUAUCCCAUCACAUAUCGCACAGCUGCGGUAACCGGGAAGCUAGAGCGGUGUGCCCAAAGCCCUGUCCACUACUAUUCUUCCAUCUCGGACGGCUACUCUCCUAUCCCGAAUCCGAUCUCGGUCCACCUCGGUCGUCUACCUCCAGGUCAGAUGCUUCUGCCGAAUGGCCUCUUCCCACCUAGGCAACACUGCAAUACUCUAUAUCCGCAGGCCGACGCCGAACCUGUUUCUGCGGCCGACAAACAGUACAAUGACACCAUGAAGCCUCACAAUUCCGUCAAGGAUGGUAAGAAGCGUCGUGGCCGUGCUGCUCCUCCCGGCCGCUGCCGCAGAUGCAACAGAGUCGACACGCCUGAAUGGCGGCGCGGUCCGGACGGCGCCGGCACCUUGUGCAACGCCUGUGGCCUGCGUUACGCCAAGCUGGAGCGCGCCAAGCUGGAGCGCAAGCGCAAACUAGAAGCCGGAAUUGCGCCCUCUGGCCGGGGGCAGCGCAGAAUAAAGAGUGCGCGAACUGUGUUCGAAACCUCGCCAAGUCCAAAGAAGCCAUCGGCUGCGCAGUUAGUGAGAAGCCUCCCUCAAUUGGCCGUGGCCGCCAGCUCAUGGCUUUGCUGCCUUCACCCUGACAGUUACCCUCGGCUUAGGGGUGCACAGUCUAUAGAAUCAUCGUCAGUCGAAUCCGCGAGACAGAUACCGAUGACCCCGAUUGCAACGGAAACUGUACCAAGAACCACGGCUGCGAUUGUUGAUACAUCGAUUUCCAGAGCUUUUCUUUGCAUUUUGCGAACACCCGAUCAGUUUGUUGAAGCCUCAGACACAUUGGACGAGGAACUGGCAUGCCGCGAUGUGUUUUUCAUGGAUAUCUCAGCAAGACGGUUCUGCGUCAUUAGUCCUCACCGACGGGAGGCAUCCAGAGCUUGCUACGGCAUCUCAGCUACAUCUUCUUCACGAUUCCAAAACAUCUGUAUCUGUACACAGCCGCGCGUCACGCAAGUUCUGCUGCUUGAGUCCGAAAGCUUGAAGUUUUUGAUGGAAACUGAAAGAAGUCUUGGUGAAGCUGACGAGUCGGAAGGGUUUCGGCAGAGAAGAAUACGGUCUCAACUUUCUGGUACCCUCGCAUCCGCGGAACAAUUUCGCUCUGACCUGCGAGAAUCUCGAAGCGCCGCGGGGCAGCUCGUGCCGCUUUUGGUGGCUAUCAUUCGGCUGAUGCCUGAGGAUGCCUUCGGGGCAGUCUUGAUCAUAUCACCGAAGCGCUGGGAGGCGCGAGCUGAUGAGUCUGAUCCUUCGCCUACGACGCCGCGCAGGGCGGCUUGGUCGUCAGUAUACCGUACCACGACGAAGUGA